GUCGUGAUGCGGGUCAGUAAAGGAAGAGCUUCAGGUUAUGUUGAGUGAUGUGAUAUCCGCCCUCCUCAUCUAAAAUACCAGAAUAUUCUUCCUAAUCCCCCGCCUUUAAAUUCCUCAACAUCUGUCUUCUGUAAUAAAUACAAUUUAAACUCGACAUUCCGGUUUGUUUACGGGUUUCUCACUGUCUGUUAGUUGGGUGUGUAUUUCCUUGUGAAUGGGUUGAACCAAAGAGCUCACAGGCAGAGACUUCCUUUGAUUUGGGCACCGGGCUAUAAAGCCUUUCUACAGACCUCUCCAGUUAAAGACAGUUCACAAUCCCCCCUUAAAAAAAAAAACUUUGCGUCUGUACAAUAGAGGACGACAGCAGCUCCAUUUAAAAUGCCUCUUGGAUUGGGCCGCAGAAAGAAAGCAUCUCCUCUGGUAGAGAAUGAGGAGGCAGAACCGAUCCGAGCCGGGCUGAACGUCUCAGGCCUGGAUAGACUGGAUGGUAGUGGGGUCAGCCUGGGCGGAGGAGCGACCCAGGAGGGCCUGCCACCUCCACCGACCAGCCUACGUCCUCGUCUGAUCUUCCACACCCAGCUGGCUCACGGCAGUCCCACCGGUCGUAUCGAGGGCUUCAGCAACGUGCGUGAACUUUAUGCCAAGAUAGGAGAGGCUUUUGGGAUACCUCCAACGGAGGUAAUGUUUUGCACACUGAACACUCACAAAGUGGAUAUGGACAAACUCUUGGGUGGCCAGAUUGGUUUGGAGGACUUUAUAUUCGCUCACGUGAAAGGCCAGAGGAAAGAGGUGGAUGUCUUUAAAGGAGAAGAUGCCCUUGGGCUCACCAUCACUGACAAUGGAGCUGGCUAUGCUUUUAUUAAGAGAAUCAGAGAAGGCAGCACUAUUGAUCAGAUCCAAGUCAUCAACGUGGGUGACAUGAUCGAGUCCAUCAACGGGCAGAUACUCAUCGGCUGUCGCCAUUAUGAGGUUGCCAAAAUGCUGAAGGAAUUACCCAAAGGAAAAACCUUUGUCUUGAAGAUGGUGGAACCUUUGAAGGCAUUCGACAUGAUCAGUCAGCGCUCUGGAAGCAGGUCAGGCUCGGCACAGUUAGGAACAGGCAGAGGAACAUUGCGUCUGAGAUCUAAAGGACCGGCCACCGUGGAGGAACUGCCCUCAGCAUUUGAAGAAAAAGCUAUUGAGAAAGUGGAUGAUCUUUUGGAGAGCUACAUGGGCAUAAGAGACAGUGAACUUGCGGCCACGAUGGUGGAGCUCGGCAAGGAUAAAAAGAACCCGGAUGAGUUUGCCGAAGCUUUGGACGAGACUCUGGGUGACUUCGCAUUUCCAGAUGAAUUUGUGUUCGAUGUGUGGGGCGCCAUAGGCGACGCGAAGGUCGGCCGCGUGUAACACUACUUUUAGGAAAACUUUUUAUUUUUUGGGAGCUGUUUCGGUAGUUCAUCGUUUUUUUUUUUUUUUUAAGCUGGAUAAAGACAUUAUGUUGAAUGACGUAUUCAAGCUGUAUUUAGAUUUGCUCAAGUCGAGUCUUACAAGUUUUAGUGUUGAGUGAUGAGAUGAAUUGAAGAUGUUUACCUCGAUUCGGCCAUCCCUGCGAUGUUAUUCUGUUACAUACUGUGACUUUCACUUGCACUGUAUACAUUGCACGCUAUGGCACAGCAGGCAGAACACACAGUGCAGACUGAUAUAUAGACGCUGUGCUGGUCUGCGACCUCCAUUGUGUGUAUCUGCCCUGUCCUGUUACAAAGUUAUGGACAAUUGGUGUUAUCAACACUACAGUGCGAUGAUUCCCGCAAGCAUGUGCUGUCUUAUGUGUUACGUUCUCUUUUAUAUGAAGGAUUUAUAGUGGCUUUGAAAUCGUGGUGGUGAAUUGUACAUUGCAACUGCUUCCAAUGGACCUCUAGUGCUUUACAUUCCCAGUUCUGUGACUUCCGUUGAAAUAGCUGUUGGGGAAAAAAACUAUAAAACAAGUUUUCAUCGUAGGAGAGAGUGGUGAUGUACCUUCUAAUGCCAAACAUAAGGAAAUCUUUCUGUUAAAGCAGUAUUAGAUAGUAUUAGGAACAGUAAUUUAGCUGUUACAGUAUUUGAUGGAGAGAAUAUGGAGGACAUGUAGGGUUGGGUGAGAUUUCUAAAAAUGUUUACUGCACGAAUUAAAACGAAGUAUUUUGUAGGCAUAAUGUGUUAAACUAAACACAAGAAUGCAAUUUACUCAUUUUCAUUCAUAUGCACCAAAAAAACUAUUGUAAUAUAAAGCAGUAUUAACCUACAUAAAGUAUAUUUUACUACGUCAUUUUUUUACAUACCGAAACUGACAUCUUUGAACAUUUUUGAGUGAUAAUACAAAUGUAAGUUUCAAAUUAAUUAAUUUAGUGCGUUUACAUGCACAGUCUUACGCCGAUUAUGCUUAAUAAACUGAUAACGUGUGGGGUCAUGUAAACGCGUAAAACGGUUUUCCUUUUUCGGCGAAAGCCCAUAAACGGCGUAAGCAAAAACCGAUCGGCACAGGUAGUUUAUUGCUCAUUACGCCGAUUUCGCGUGGCAUGUAAACACUUUAACAGGCUUUCUCACGGUUUUGUCCAUGUGCGCAUGUCUCCGCGUAUGAAAGAUAAACGUCACACGCGGAAGUAAGCGCAAAGUAACGCAUAAAAGUCUCCGCUCGACUAAAGCAGUUGGUAGAGAAACUAAGAAAAUAGAAGCUCAUGUUACAUUUACAGGUUCUGCAGACCCGAGAAGAGAUACAACAGCACAGCUUAAGACAGACAUGCCGUCGGCUUUUUGAAUGACUAUUAUGUACUAUAGGUGGUGACGUCACUGCCUGCGAGAAAACUGAUCAUUCUCCAAGUCCCAUGUAAACGCAGUUGUCUGCAUAGCCGGCUUAUUGAUUUGCAUGUAAACGCAUGUUUUCUAUAAUAAGCAGAUUUUUGAUAGUAUCCACUUAUUCUGUGCAUGUAAACGUACUCAUUGAGUCAUUAGCUGGUUUCCAUUACAGAUUUGCGCAAAAAAUUUCAAUGUUUAUUGCGAAUUGACAACGUUUCCGUUAAUUGAUGUUAUGCGACUAAAACGUAAUUUUUUUGCAAUAAGUCAUUAAAAAACAUGCUGUUAGGUUUAUGUGUAUCGCAGCUAUAGCACUAGCCGUUAUUUUUAAUCAAAGAUAACGCAAACGUGAUUUUCAAGCGUUAAGGGUGAGGAAAGCCCCUUUUAAUUGUUAGCAAUUUCUAGGAGGUUAUAGUACGCACUUUCGCAUCCUUAAGUCGUGUGAUAUGCGAAAAACUAUUUUCAUUUUGCAACAUAUAUUUCUUUUUCGAAUGACCUGAAAACCACCUCAUGCAAGCUUAUUUUUUUGGCGAUAUAUGUGAAUUUUUCCAGAAAUUGACUCUGUUACAUUUAGCGAAUAUACGUUAUUUCAAUUUUUUGCACAAUUGACCCUUUGCUAAGCCCUGCCCUCCUUAGUUACUGUUGCUAUGCCUGACAAGCUUCUGCACCUGGAAAGUCUAUCACAGUAUGUGUGCACCGGUGUCAGACAUUCCCAAGGAGAUAAUUAGUCAUUUUUGGCGAACAGGGGAAAUAUUUGAGAGAGCAAAACAAAAGGGAGGGCACACAUUCGAGGGAUAUAUCCAUGACAUAAUAGCGAAGCGAAGGGUCAAUUAAAAGCAUAUUUGAAACAACUACUCAAUCAACAGUCCAAAUGGAUUAACGAAAAUUAUUAAAAUUCCAAGAGCAUUUUUGCUGCUGAGAGGAAUCGUGAAACUUGGACAAAUAAAAUCUACAUUACAAUCCUAUUCAGAUGCUGCUUUGUUUGAUAUCACCCAACCCUAUGUAAAUCCCAAAGUGAAUUAAGUGGUUUUACAAAAAUGUAGGGCUGCAUAACGAUUAAUCGCGACUAAUCGGUUGUAAAAUAAAGUUUUUGUUCACAUCA